AUCUUCCUCUUUUUUUUUGGUGGGUGCCACCUUAUGUUUGUCUCACCAGAGAGGAACCAGUUUCUUGUAAAAGCUGCAGCUCUCCGGAGUGAUGGCUGAAAUAUGAAAAGUGGAAAAAGAAAGAAGUAAUGUCUUCUUCACCAUAAAUCCCCAUGUGUUUGUUUUUCCACUCCUUUUUCUUUUUUCCUUUUCCACAUCAUGUCACUCAGUUCACCAGAAGGCAUCAGAUGACAUUUUGCAGACAAACCUGCUGCUUGUUACUGACUUGAGAUCAGCAGAGGAGCAGUGACAAGAUUUAUCACAAAGACAUCACAGUGACACUGUGCAGAAGAAGAAGAAGAAGCAGCAGCAAAGUGGAAAAAAAAGAGUUUGAGCAGUGACUCUCUGGUUAUCUCUGGCUCAUGUUUGGCUCAUGUUUUACAAAGUGGUACCAGUUUUUUCCAUAUUCACUCCACUGCACGUGCAGCUUUUUUAUUUUUUAUUAAGCUUGUAUUCAUGUUGACUUAGUGGAAAAGUGUUUCUAAUGAUUUAUUUCACCCUUGAUCGGAGCGGACUUUGGAUAUAGUUCCGGCUGCUGCCGAAUUACGCAUAGUGCCAAAUUACGCACGACAACCGAACACAGUCAUAUCACAGCCUCCAGUUUUGUCCUUUUUUUAACUUUCUCCUUCCUGCAGCACUGUGAAACACUGUGUGUUAUGUGAGUGUGAGCUUCUGCCGGUGGGACGGCAGUGCUUCUUUUUUUUCUUUUUCUUCAUCUGAACUACUACCCAAGUCUCAGAGAGAUCAAAAUUCAAUCCCGUUCUGAGAAAAGAAAAAAAAGGAAAAGUAAAAAAAAAGAAAAGAGAAAUGACGUUAUUUGAAUAUGUGCCCAAAAUCCUUAAUGAAUAACUUAGGACGAGUAGGAGGCAAAUGCUGCCCCAGCUGUUUCCUGUUGAAAAUGUCUGUGUAAUGUAGAUAAAUGUGAGGGAUUUUCUCUCUAAAUCCGUCUCCUGUUCGCUAAAUCUCACUUCUGCAAAACGAGCCUGCGCAAUGGAACAAAGUCGGAAUAUUGAGAUGUGACAUUGCCCCGGCGCGCGUCUCAUCCUCGUUUUUUUUUUGUCUUGCCCCGUUUUUUAAUGACUUCAAACAAGUUCCUUUGAAUCGCCGGGCUUUGACUUGCGGAGACCCGUGGGGAUGUCUAGCGCUCUUUCCUUUCAGUGGCAUUUAUGUGAUGUCUUCAAGAGUGCGAUGUGCUGUAUCUCCUGUAGCCACACCCUCUCACUACUGCUGUGUGUCCUCACCCUGACUCCGACGGCAACAGGGGCGGGCCCGGAGACCCUGUGCGGGGCGGAGCUGGUCGACACGCUGCAGUUUGUGUGUGGAGAGAGAGGCUUUUAUUUCAGUAAACCAACCGGCUAUGGGCCCAACGCACGGCGGUCACGUGGCAUCGUGGACGAGUGCUGCUUCCAGAGCUGCGAGCUGUGGCGCCUGGAGAUGUACUGUGCGCCUGCCAAGACUAGCAAGGCGGCCCGCUCUGUGCGCGCACAGCGCCACACAGACCUGCCGAGGGCACCCAAGGUUAGUACCGCAGGGCACAAGGUGGACAAGGGCACAGAGCGUAGGACAGCACAGCAGCCAGACAAGACAAAAAACAAAAAGAGACCCUCCCCAGGACAUAGUCACUCAUCCUUUAAGGAGGUGCAUCCGAAAAACUCAAGUCGAGGCAACGCGGGGGGGCGAAAUUACAGAAUGUAGGGAAGGAGUGAAUGGACAAAUGCCCAGUGACUUGGGAAGAGAGAAGGGAGUGGCCUUACCUGGUACCCCUGUGGAAUGGUUCACUGUAAAACAAAACAAAGAGGACGCUAGUGAUGGUCCGAAAAGCUCUUCAAAAAUGAUUAGAACCUGAGAGCUAAGUGGUGUUGAAGGGGUUUGAGGAGGGAUCUUGUGAUUAUUUUAUACACUGCACCAUUCCAUAUUGGGAGGAAUUCUUUCUUAUUCCAAUGUAACAGACUAGUUUAGCUGCUGAGACACGAACAAGAGCUUAUUAUGCCUCCAUGUGUGAGCUGCAGCAUCCCCUGGAUCCGGGCGUCAGCCAAUCACAGAACGGUAGACUGGGCUUGAGAAUGAGUGGUCAAUCCUGUCCCGUGAACUUCGCAGAGCUAAAUCUGUUUGCUCUGAGAGAGCGGAACCAUCCACUCCUCUGGUUAGACAGGAUCUUUUAGCACAAGUCACAGUUACUGCCCAAGUUUAAAUCUGAUUAUCUGACCUUCAUAGUUUGUUUCAGGCACCAUGCAUUACCAAGUAUAUUUGUAAAACAGUGAAACAAGGUUUGCUUUAAAAGGACAAAGACCAGGCGGCUCAUUAUCUGACUUUAAAUGUUGUUGUAGAUAUUUUACCGUGAGUCCAAGUCAAAUCCCUACUUCUCAGUGACUGAGUGCAGGGUUCUUAUAUCCAACUGGAAGGUUGGAGUCCAACCCAAAUCCUUCCUAAGCCUCAGGAAGUGUUGAGAACCUGAGGACUGAGUCUACAAUCCAAACACUUCUGUAAAAACAAAUCAAGCACUAUUAGAGGGGAUUUUGAGGAAGUUGGGCAGUACAGUAGGUACCAGAACUAUAAAGAUCUCACAAGAGUUUUUUGGUCAGCACAUGGUGCUUGUUGGGUUGUCAGAAAUGGGUCAUUGGGGGGAUUCAAAGUGCAUCUGGCUUAAGUGAGUGGAGAGAGUCAAAUAGUGACGAUCAAGCAAAAUGUUUGCUGCCUGCAUCCUGCACCACCCUGGCCAAAUCUGAUUUUUGCCAACAAUCCAGUUGCAGAUGAUCAACAUUUGAGUCCGAGUGGAGGCCUGGGUUCAAAGUUUAGCACAACUCAUGAACCUUUAGUCAACAAGCAUUGUAAAAAAACAACAAAAAAACCACCAUCUAACAAAAUGUUCCCAAAUCUAUCAAUACCAACAUUUUUGAGUUAGAGACGCAGAGGCUCUAAAAAUAGUCGCUUAAAUGGAGAAGUUUAAUGAUCGAUCGUUCUUGGCCUGUGAGGACAAGAACGUUGCUAGUUCUGUUGUAGCUCGCGCUGUGUUAUCUGCCAUAAUGGUGAGAGUGCAACACAACUCCACAGCAUCCCAUUGCAAAGUCCACCGGAUAAAUCUGCAGAUUAAACAAUUUGGUAAAUAUUGCAAACCAAAACAACAAGUCCACCCGGAGAUGCGAGAUACGGCACUCGUACACAAAAGCACCCAGUCUAAAUGAGAGUUGUGCAACUGCGAGCAAGGGUCAAGCACACACAGACGCGCACAUACACAAACGGAAAAGCCAGUUCUGGGAAGUCCUCGCAUGAGGACUGACGGUCGUGGCUGUUUGCUCUGGCCUCCAUGCGAAUUUACAGUCAUUCUAUCGCACAAACUACGCAAGACAUCUCAUCUCUGGCUCUGCCUCCUCUGCCUGUGUAUAAUCAAACAGUACUCCCAUUUAUGUUAACCUAUGCAUUGCUAUCAUUCAUUGUACAUGAUGGUUUCAUAUAAAAAAAAAAACUGUAUUAAGAAUCCUAUCCACUGUAUAAUGGUGCUAUUUUGUAGUUUGUUACUUGCAAGAGAUGGCUAAGACAGACAGAUGGCGGGGCUUACAUUGGAGGUCUUCCCUUUUGCACAGCCGUGUGGCCACCAUUUUAAUAGUGUUUUUAUUUGUGAGCUGUUUCAAUAAGGUAGUGAUGUAGGCGAGUAAGUGUAUCUGUGUGAAAUCUGUGAAUGCAUGGAGAAUUAAAAAAAAUAAGACGAUACCACGUCGUAGUCCCAAGAAGGCAAAAAUGCUAUAUUUUCUACUGUUUUUAAAUUAUUUUCUCAAUAUAGAUCCCUUAUGCCAAAUAACUUGACAAAAGUACUGUGAACUGUGAUUCUUCCAAUUGUAUUGAGAUUGUCUAAAGUCAUGGUGUGCUUUUGUCUGUCCAGAGAUGUGUGUUUGGGUGUGUGUGUGUGUGUGCACCUCACUGGCAGCCAUGGUAUAUUCACGAUUAAAGUCACUUAAAGCGAGACUACAUAACUUUUGCUGAACAGCGGCCACACAAGUACAGGACAAUCAACACGCAACGGAUUUGCCUUUAUUUCCCUAGAUAGUCAUUAGCCAGAUGCGUUAAAGACAUCAUCAUCAUUAACUGUAACAUGCUAAAAUUUAGUACCGCAGUGUUGUUGAGGUUAAAAGAGUAUAGUUUGAAAUAUAAAAUGUCUUAUUCUGUCCAUUAAAUAUAAGCAUAGCAUAGUGCAAAAAACAAACCGGACGAAUGAGCUAGCUAAAAUCCUCCUACCAGCCAAUCUUCCAUCUUUCUCAGUUACAGAUAAGAACAAACAAGAAGUAUUUGUAAAUUAAUGAGCUUUACAGGAGCUGGUGAAUUUUCAUUUUCUCUUUCUCUAAUUUCCCUUUGGACAGAGCUAGCCGCUUUCCCUUGUUUUCAAGUCUUUAUGCUAAGCUAAGCUAUAGCGGGUUGCUCGGUGUAGCUUUAUAUUUAGCUUUCAGAUAUGUAAUCAUUGGCAAUACAUACGUAGAGACUCUAUGGGACAUUUCUCAAAAUUUCACACUACUGCUUUAAUUUUUGCUAAAAAAUUAAAGCAGUAGUGUUAGCUCCUGGUCAAAACUGGACAAAUUGAGGCUGUAGCGCGAAAUCGUGUAUCAAAUUGUGCAAAGGCGUAUUUUAUUACUUAUCAAUUUAACUUUUCAUUUCAACUGAAAGAUUGUCUUCUGUCAAAAGUUACAUAGUAUCGCUUUAAGGGUAAGCCAGGACUUUAUUUUGUCCAGAAAUUACAAUUUAUUUUAAAAGUGUAUUUUUUCUUCUUCUUUCUUAUCUAUGAUGAUCAAGGUUUUGAAAUGGGAAUUUGCACACAUGCUUUGGUGUCUUUUCUUUGAAAAAAUGAUCUUAAUCAGUUGACCUGGCGAAUGAAAUGAAAAAGAAGCUGGUUGGACGACACCACCGGUCCUCCUGCAUCUUCAGAUACAAGCCAAAGACUUUUUUUUGAUGAAAACCGAACCUCACUUAGCAUUAUUAAGUCAUGAACUUCACCUCCGACGAGAUCAUUAUAUAUCAAUUAUUGCCGUCUCUGUCUGAACUGCACUGCAGCUACAAUACACCCUUCACACACUGUCUCUUGUACCUGAACUACAGCUUGUGUAAUAGAUGGCAACGUGAGCCGGACAACUGUUUUUACAGUGUAUCUGGAUAUGUUUUGGAGCGGCGCUGAAAAGAAAGCCACCAACUCCAACUCUGCAUUGAAAGAUUUCUGUUUUGUAACGUGUGUGAAAUAAUUAAUAAAGCCUAAAAUGUGGGAGUGUGGAAGUAAAUUCACGAAUCUGGGGGCGGGGGGGUGGUUCAAUGAGCAAAUGAAAUUCCCUGGAGCUCACUGUCCGAGAAACUGUUUGAUCACAGCGCUGUUAUUUAUGGUGCUUGAUUGCCUUCUGUAGAAAAAAAAAUUACUGACAAAUUGUUCACCAUUCCUGCUGAAUAAACCACUUGUCAACAUCA